AUGUCGCAAAAAGUCUGGAAGAGAAACUUUGCCGCCGGCCACGGCCUCGAAAAGGUCCUCGCCGCAACCAAGACCCCGGCGCCGGAGGUGGCCAUUCCGUACCCCCCGGCCACUUUCGACGAGCUCGCCGCCAGCGACCACGGCGGCAAGGGCUUCACCCUGAGCUCCUUCACCGCCGACGACGCCUGGGAGCUGGGCCACCUGAUCCACGCGCGCCUGCUGUGCUUUGCGCCCGCGCGGCCCGCGCUCGUCAACAUCUCGACGGCCGCCGGGCCGACGCUCUACCAGAGCGUCACCGGCGCGGGGACGCUGCCGGACCACGACGUGUGGGUGCGGCGCAAGCGCGCCGCGGUGCUGCGCUUCGGCGUGAGCUCGUACAUGGUCGGCCGCAAGCACGGCAACGGCGACGAGGCGCUGUUUGCGGCCAAGAACGGGCUGGGGCCCGAGGCGGCGGGCGAGUACGCGAUUCACGGCGGGGGCGUGCCGAUCCGCGUGGCGGGCGUCGAGGGCAUCGUCGCGGUGGUGGUGGUGAGCGGGCUGAAGCAGGAGGAGGACCACGGGGUGGUGGCGGAUGUGAUUCGCGCCAACUGGGAGUAA